AGACCAAGAUGCUGUUGGGCUCAGCUCCGUGUCCUCAGAUGGGAGUGGGGCCAUGGGAUGAGGUGUGAAUGAGUGCACCGGGAGCUGCUGCCGUCUGCCGGCACCUGGGGGUGGGCAGGAUCCGUGUGACUGGGCCCACUCCCCUGCAGUAAAGCCCUGCGGAUGGGCGAGUGCUACCAGGGUCAGGGUGUGCAGCCGGUGCAGCGAGGGAGGAAGCUUUCCCAGCUCUCAGCUUUCACCACCUCUGUGGCGGCACCUCAAGUGGGACUGUUUUCAGUGGGUUGUUCCAGCUCUCCUCUAUCGCAGCCACAAACAGCCGGGAGCGAAACCAGAGAGUGAAACUGAGACCAGCCCUUGGGCCAGCAGCUCCCAUACCCUGUAGGGGAACUGGCUUUGCCUGGGAGGGCAUGUCUAAGGGGGCAUGGGCGAGCGCCCUGCCUGCCCUGCCCUCUCCCUGGGGCAUGCGGAGCAGAGGUGUCGUGUUUCCAGGCCAGGCCCUGCUGGCGCUGUCUGUAAACCAGCGGGGAGAUGAAUAUGCAAGGUGCAGUCGUGCUGGUUAAGCUCCCAGCUGGUGGAUGGAGGGGGAGGAACUCUCCUCUUGCCAGGGAGCUCCGCUGUCAUCUGUCACGGGAGACUGUCCUGGGCCUGCUCCUGCUUCUCCCCUUUCUUCCUUCUUAGGGCGUUACUCACUCUGGUUCCCGCCCUCUCACAUGGGGCACUGUUUGACUGAAAUAGCUGCCGCCCGAACCAUGGGGCAAGCUUCCCCAGUUGACCCUGGAGGCUCAGUUUUGUGGGUCGGGGUGUCACCCUCGGCUCUGCCUCUGGGUGUUGUUAGUGCUGGCGGCUCCUCUGGGCCGGUGUUGCUGUAGUGGGAGCCAUGAGCAUGACAAUUGCUUUCCAGGUUUUUAAUGUGUGCCACAUAUGGAAGACCCACGGUUGUAUCUUGGGAGCUCUGACAAGCCCAUGCUUUUGGCAGUAAGUGUUGUAACAGCUGUGAUGAGGUAGGUUUCCACACCGAGUGCUGCGUGGGGCUUCCCAUAAACGCUACAGUGAAGGUUGUGUGAGGGCACUGGCCCUAGGAGGGCCUGGUGUUGGGGCAGAGAGCGGAUCCUGAUGCUUUUGGGCCUUCUCCACCCAAUCCUCCUGCCACACUCCCUUUCUCCUCUCUUUAGGCCACUAGUUCCUUGCCAGAGAGUUUGACCACAGAGAGUCGCCAAGAUAGCUGGGCCAGGAAGAAAACGUCGCACCCCUGACCCAGACUCCAUUACCGACCCCGGCGGGCCGUUUGUAUCCUCCAAACGGCUGAAAAUGUCCAGCAGCACCAAUGCCCCUGGUCAGAGGAGAGUGUCUCGGGGCUUGGACGAUGCCACCAACAAGAAGAAGCAGAAGGAUCGAGCCAACCAGGAGAGCAAGGAAGAGCUGCUGCUGGACUGGAAGCAGAAUGCUGAUGAGAUCAUCGUCAAGCUGAACUUAGGUAGCGGAGCUCUGAAGGUGGAGGAUGUGGAUGCUGCUUUCACCGACACGGACUGUGUGGUCAAACUACCAGAUGGGCGCCAGUGGAGCUGUCAGUUCUAUGAGGAGAUUGAGAGCUCCUGCAGCAAGGUCCAGUGCAAGAAAGGCAACUUUCUACAGCUUGUGCUUCAGAAGAAGAUCCCACUGCAUACCUGGUCUUCACUUCUGAAGAGAAGGAAAGAUGGAUCCAAAGAGCUGGCCAAAGGGGCCACGUGCUGGGAGAACGGGAAGGAGAAGGCUGCUUCUGCAGAGCUGGCCCCUGAAGAGCCAAGGGCUGAAGGCGCAGAGCUGCCAAGGUCCCGGCGGGAACCCUCCAACCCCAAGCGCGCUCCAGGAAGAAGCGAGGCCCUGGGAGGGAAAAGCCCAGCCAGCCCAGGGACACAGAGUGGCCCCAGCGCCAAGCGGGCAGUAUACCUCAAAGUCGCUCCCACCGAAGAGGAGCCAAAUGCCAGAGUCACUGGGUGCGUGGAGCCCAGCAAAGGGCACAGUGGGAGGGCAGGCAGCCGCCGCAAUGGCAGAGCCAGCCAGGUUGAUGCGUCCACGGCUCUUGCGGACCUCGCACCGCCACUGGAGAAGGCUGUGGUUUUGGCCAAGGAAGCAGUUCCCAUGGAGAUGCCACCUCUCGCGGCUACCACAGAGGUGUUCCCCCACCGCAUUGCUACCUGUGUGGAGAAGAGGGUCCUGCAGCCAGGCAGCCCUGCUGAAGCCUUGCGGGGCCGGGACUGCACACCUGUCCUGGGAGAGAGCUCUAAGGCUGUCCCAGUGGCCACCCCUCCUCUGGGCAGGGACGGUGAGAAGAGGGACUGGUCCAAGGAUGACGUGGCUCUGGAAGCAGCAGCUGAUGAGCCAGAGCCUUUCGUGAGCCUAACCUUUGUCAAGAAUGACUCAUACGAGAAGGGCAAUGACCUGGUGGUGGUGCACGUCUACGUGAAGGAGAUCCACAAAGAGACGUCCAAGGUGUUGUUCCGGGAGCAAGACUUCACACUGGUGUUCCAGACAAGUGAUACAAACUUCCUUCGCCUCCAUCCUGGCUGUGGGCCCCACACAGUGUUCCGGUGGCAGGUGAAGCUCAGGAACCUUAUUGAGCCAGACCAGUGCACAUACAACUUCACGGUGUCUCGCAUCGACGUCUGCCUGAAGAAACGCCAGAGCCAGCGCUGGGGAGGGCUGGAGGCUCCAGCCACACGAGGUGCAGUGGGUGGUGCAAAGGUUGCCAUGCCUACAGGCCCUACCCCUCUGGACAAGAACCCCCCAGGCAGUAACCAGCACCCACUGUCCAGCAAGGAGGAGGCUCGAGCCAGUGACAAAGAGAAGCCACGUGUGGAAGAUGGGGGACUGGAUGGUGUGGCAGCCCGUACAGCCCCAGAGCACGUGGCAGUGAAGCAAGAGCCACACAUCCCCUCACCCAAACCAACAUGCAUGGUGCCACCAAUGACACAUAGCCCAGUGAGCACUGAGAGCGUGGAGGACGAUGAAGAUGAGGAUGAGAAGAAGAAAGUGUGCCUGCCUGGCUUCACGGGGCUGGUGAACCUGGGCAACACCUGCUUCAUGAACAGCGUUAUCCAGUCCCUGUCCAACACCCGGGAGCUGCGCGACUACUUCCACGAUCGGUCCUUUGAGUCGGAAAUCAACUACAACAACCCGCUGGGGACCGGGGGACGCCUGGCCAUUGGCUUUGCCAUGCUGCUGCGAGCGCUGUGGAAGGGCACACACCAUGCCUUCCAGCCCUCUAAACUGAAGGCAAUCGUGGCCAGCAAGGCCAGCCAGUUCACUGGCUAUGCCCAGCAUGACGCUCAGGAGUUCAUGGCCUUCCUGCUUGAUGGCUUGCACGAGGACCUCAACCGGAUCCAGAACAAGCCCUACACAGAAACUGUUGACUCAGAUGGGAGGCCUGACGAGGUUGUAGCUGAGGAGGCCUGGCAGCGACACAAGAUGAGGAACGACUCUUUCAUUGUGGACCUCUUCCAGGGCCAGUACAAAUCCAAGCUGGUGUGCCCAGUGUGUUCCAAGGUGUCCAUCACCUUCGACCCCUUCCUGUACCUCCCUGUACCCCUCCCGCAGAAGCAGAAGGUGCUGACUGUCUACUACUUUGCAAAGGAGCCACACAAGAAACCCAUCAAGUUUCUUGUGAGUAUCAGCAAGGAGAACUCCAGUGCGAUGGAGGUACUUGACUCAGUGGCCCAUAGCGUGCGUGUGAAACCAGAGAACCUGCGCCUUGCAGAGGUUAUCAAAAGUCGCUUCCACCGCAUGUUCCUGCCAUCCAACUCGCUGGACACAGUCUCCCCCACAGACCUGCUGCUCUGCUUUGAGGUGCUGUCCCCAGAGCUGGCCAAGGAGCGGGUGGUGGAGUUGCAGGUCCAGCAGCGUCCACAGGUGCCCAGCGGCCCCGUCGCCAAGUGUGCGGCCUGCCAGAAGAAGCAGCUGCCAGAGGAUGAAAAGCUCAGGCGCUGCACGAGGUGCUAUCGAGUCGGUUACUGCAAUGUGGCAUGUCAGAAAACACACUGGCCAGACCACAAGGCUUUGUGCCGCCCCGAGAACAUCGGUUUCCCCUUCCUCAUCAGCGUGCCGGAGUCCCGCCUCACCUACACCCGCCUGGCCCAGCUGCUGGAGGGUUAUGCAAGGUACUCAGUCAGCGUGUUCCAGCCUCCAUUCCAGCUGGGCCGGAUGUCGCCGGAGCAGGGACUGCAGCCUCUGCUGCCAGACAAGCUGGAGCCCCUGGCCAAGAGCAGCUGUGCAGCAGCCACCUCUGCCCCUGAGCUGGGGGACGGGGACAGGGCUUCCAGCCUCCUGCAGGAGCCCCCACUCUCGCCAGCUGUGCCUGAGCUGCAUCCGGAGCUGGGGGACACCAGCACUGUCCGGAGCAAGGUCCUGGCAGCCCGGAGUUCCCUCCUGAGCUUGGAUUCAGGUUUCUCUGAGCACAUGGAGUCGCAGGGUGACAGCUGUUGCGAGAAGGAGCCAUCCUAUGAGAGAGCCCUCAAGCCAGAAGCUGCCAUCCCUGGGUACCAACACACUCCGGACUCGCUGAGUGCCCGUGCCACACAAUUCUACAUCAACAAGAUCGACGCUGCCAACCGAGAGCACAAGCUGGAAGAUAAAGGUGACAUCCCACUGGAACUGACAGACGACUGCUCCCUCGCCCUGGUCUGGAAGAACAAUGAGCGCCUCAAGGAGUUUGUGUUGGUGGAGUCCAAGGAGCUGGAGUGCGUGGAGGACCCAGGCUCAGCCAGUGAAGCAGCCCGGGCUGGCCACUUCACCCUGGAGCAGUGCCUCAAUCUCUUCACCAAGCCCGAAGUCCUGGCCCCAGAGGAAGCGUGGUACUGCCCCAAGUGCAAGCAGCACCGUGAGGCCUCUAAGCAGCUGAUGCUGUGGCGGCUGCCCAACGUCCUCAUCAUCCAGCUCAAGCGCUUCUCCUUCCGCAGCUUUAUUUGGAGGGACAAGAUCAAUGACAUGGUGGACUUCCCCGUCCGGAGCCUGGACCUGAGCAAGUUCUGCAUCGGCCGGAAGGGCGAACAGCAACUGCCCAUGUAUGACCUGUACGCUGUGAUAAACCACUACGGAGGCAUGAUCGGGGGGCACUACACAGCGUACGCCCGCCUGCCCAAUGACAAGAACAGCCAGCGCAGCGACGUGGGCUGGCGGCUCUUCGAUGACAGCACAGUCACCACCGUGGAUGAGGGCCAGGUGGUAACCAGAUACGCAUACGUCCUCUUCUACCGCCGGAGGAACUCUCCUGUGGAGAGACCCCUGCCAGGGCACACCCCAGACCACCGAGCCGAGCGCACCCCCUCUGCUGAAGCUGCUGCCAGCCAGGUGAGAGCUCGCGUCCCUUUUGGCACUGCUGGAGCCACAGAGCCCAUGGGUGCCCACAGUGCCAGGCCUGGCCCCUCUCAGCCAGCACCUGUGGAGCCUGGUGCAGCUGUGGUACAGUGCCCGCCCCUCUUUGACACUGAAGAGCUUGCGCCAGCUGGGCUUUGGGGCCUGUCUUGCCCUGUUCUUGCCAUGAGCUCAGGACGGUCCCUGCCCUGGGGGACCACAGGAGAGCUGGUUCCCGUCAUCAGGGGGAAGUGCUGGUGGGAGGGCAUUGGAGGAGGCAGGAGGGGGCCCAGCCUCGCCGGGGUCUGCACUGGAGGAAGGCUGUGAGUGGUGCAGUAGGAGCUGCCUGUGCCGGGGAGCAGUGAGAACCUGCCCUCCGCAGCUGCUCUCGAGGCAGGGUGAGGGAUGCUUUCUGCUGGGGCCCAGCUCAGGGCCAAGCUAGGUGCAAAAAAGGCAAAUGCCAGCACUGAGCAAGAGGCCUGGCAGCCUCCACAGGGUGCUGAAGAGAAACCUGCCAGAGCGAGCUCUGCUGCCGGGCCGCCUGGGAGGGAGGCGUGGGCCAGCCGGCAGGGAGCUUUUGGCAUGCCCUGGCAGGGAAUGGUUGGGCUGAUCUUUGCGUGAACGUCGGAUGUGAAAGCCCAGGCUGGGGUGCGGCGCCCACCUGGCCAGCCCCCCCCACCCCUGCCCUGCAUCGCUGUGCUGCAGUCCUUCCCUCCGCGCUCGGCGCCCCCAUGGCCCCGUGGGCUCUCAGGACGAUGCUCGGCUCCUCUCUGGCACAGCUGCAUGCGUGGGGCUCGUCUGGCCGGUGCAGCCCUCGGCCCGGUGCUGGUUAGGCAUCCCAGCACUGCCCUCUCAGCUGGGGACAGGGGUGUCCAGCACAUUGGUGUCUGCCUGUCCCAGGGGGCUGUGCUUGUCCCGGAGCAGCCCCACUUGCGGGAAGGCUGCGCUGCUCAUCCCACGCCGGCGGUGGGAGCCGUCAGGGGCCCGGGCGGCACAGAAGCUCACUGUGUGCCCCACAGCCCCGGGGUUGGCCGGGUCCCCUCGUGGCGCCGGGGCUCCUCAGGCCCCUGGCAGCGCCGGAUCCCCCGCAGUGAAGGGGAGCACUGGAUCCUGCCGGGGCUCCGCGGGGCCC